AUGGUGCGCGUGCCCGGAUCUCUUGGGGACUCCGGAUUUCACCGUGAGUCCGUAGAAGAUGCGCAAGUGAAGAAAGAACCAGGGGAAGAGGCGUCGUCGGAUAUCGGAUCGACGAAGACGCUGCUGAACAAAGCGGGAUCGGACCGAUACGCGUUCGCUGACUCGCCGAUCAGGCUCGAUCCGGGCUACCUGGACGCGAUCGCGGACAAGGCCCAGAUCGUGAGGAAGAAGCUGAGAGCGCCAGGCUUGGACGACGAAGAUCCCAGACCGUCGGCGCUCGACUGGUCUGAGGCUGACCUGGAUCGUCAGUAUCACUUGGAGGAACUGCGAGACUUCUUGCGUCAAGAUCCUGUCAUGGUGGUCGUGCGGCCAGAGCAGAUCGACGACCCGAAGGGCCCGAUCUCGGCCCCCCGAGUGACGGAUAACAAGCUGAUGGCGGUGAAGAACCUGCUCGGGCUGUUGAAGGAAGCCGGCUUCGUGGCUGGCGCCUUUGAAGCGAACGAUCUUUUCGAUCAAGAUGUGACCCAGACAGCGAUCCAGACAUUGGUCGACAAGUUGAGACCUUUGGUCGACGUGAUCGCGGACAGUCCGGACCCGAAGGUGCCAGAUGUAGUUUCGCCAGCUCCCGCGUCGUCGCCGCGGAUGGAGUCCACUGGGUACCGAUCGUCGUCUCCUUAUGUCUCCGCAGCGGAACAUGUAUCGGAUACGUCGUCUGAACCUCAACGGAUGUCCCUUGGCCCUUCAGGAUCUGCGAUGUUGGACGCACGAUCACGGAGUCAACGUCAGGAACGCAUGCGAUCAGGACCUCGGAAGCAGAACCCCAAGUCGACCGAUCGGACCACCAGUGCCACCGGAUCGGAUGAGUCGAAUGGCAGACUGGAGUCUUACUUUCAGGCUGCGAUGACCCGAUUUCCGAAGGAACAACAGGCCACGGUGGUGUUGCAUCCGGACGAUAUUGAUCUACCGAGUUCGGCCCCUGCUGCGGUGGCCACCGCUGCCUCAGGAUCCACUGGGUCCUCCUUGAUCCAGCGUGCGCGGAUUUCGGCGAUGUCCGAUCUUAAGGAGUUCAGUGGCAAGGAUCAGGACGAAGAGAAGUGCCUGACCUUCGCUGAUCUACUGACGGGCCCGGCGAAGAACUGGUACCGCCAGCUGGGCCGAUCGACGCGGAACAAGUGGAGCGAUCUACUUCGGAGUUUCCAGAUCCAGUAUUGUGGCCUGGGAGUAUCGGUCGCUUGGCAGUAUUACCAUUCUCGCAAGAGAUCAGAUGAAUCGCCGUUGGAGUACCUCUAUCGACUGAAUGUGGCGGCUCUGCGUGCGAGAUUGAAGAUCAAGGACGGAGAUUCCAAGGCCCGCCGAGAACAUGUCGAACACUUUAUCGAGACGCUGGGGCGAUCCGAAACUGGCCGAUCAGCUCCCCUAUUCCGGCUUUCGGACGCGGAAGAUCUGGAGGAAGUCCUGCGCGCUCGAGAGCGCGCGAAGAGCAGACAGAAGCGAUCUGCCUUUGGAUCGAAGUAUCGUCAGAAGGUUCCGACCUCAGCACCAGCUGCUGCAACCAAGCGGGCAGUGCGUGCAGUUCAGAUCGCGAGUCAGGAGUCUGGAUCGGACACAGGAUCGGACGGAUCGGACUCGGGGGGUGAUCUACGUCGCGUUUACCUAGCGUCGGCCGAGGACAAGUCUCGCAACGCUGGGGGCGACGCGACGAAGCCGGAUCGAAGCAACCAAGCGCAGAUCAACCAUGACCCACCUCGAUCGGAUCCACGAUCGCGAUCUUCACCUGACGGAUCGGAGCAAUCAAGCCGCUGCUCACACUGUGGAUCGCGGAAACACACCGAUCUCGAUUGUUGGAGUCGUUUGACGUGCGAGAAGUGUGGCAAGAGAGGUCAUCCGGCGGAUCGUUGCCUGUUCGUGUGCCGUGGAUGUGGUGAACUACACGAGAUGGGCAAGUGUCCGAUGGAGGAAUUCUACAACCAGAUCCGUCAAUGGUUCAACCCGGUGAAGCACGCUGGCAUGUUGCCCGCGAUCGCCGAGAAGAUGUUAAACUAG